AUGUCCAUGUCUUGCCGGAUUCAGUCCGUGUGCUCUCUCCUCCGCAACUUGAAUUGUCAGCAACUCUCCGCCGAUGUCCUCAUCUCACCUGCAUCCUUUUCCAGCCCUGCAGUGCGGGACAUGUCCUGUCCCGAGGAGACGGUUCCCCGACUCACGCAGGGUUGCGAGCACGGUACAUUAUUGGAUCACAAAAUUUGUCUCGGCAGCGGCGGUCGAGAGUACAGAUGCCACAUAAAACCCACCCAUUGGCUGUGCUGGUGGGCCUUGUGCUCAAACGUCAUGUUCCCCACAGGGAAGGCGUCGGGCUCUGCUGAAUCGACCGACAAUGGAGGGGAGGCGCGGAACGAAAAGGAAAGAAGAUUCUUCGAGCACGUACAGCCAACGUUUGCUGUCGAGCUGCCGACAACCACCAGGCUCGAGUUUUUGGAUGAGAGAAAUCCGGCGAAACGCAUUAUUGUGAGGAAAAAAGCCAGGGAAUGGGUCAACCAGAAUAAAUCUGGCGGCAAGAAGAGUCGGUCACGGCGGCGGCCUGCAAAAAAAGAAGAGACGGAAACAGAUGUUGGAUCUACUGAGUGCCAAAAUGCGCAGGUACAAAGGCAUGGAAGUGACGAUGCCGUCAAAGUACCGAGUCCUCUACAAGAUAUUGGCGUGCGUCAAUUCGAUCCUUUCACCGUUCUACCAGACGUUGGCUCGCAAUACGAUCAUCUAUUGGACUACUUCUUGAGAGGUUGCCCUGGCGCAGCACCAAGCCUACAAGAAGGGAGAACAUCCCUCAUCCCAAUCAUGAACACAACAGAUGAGUAUGCGCAAGGGUCACGACACUCCAUCAUACCAUUUGCAUCUGCGAGUACAAUUUUCCAUGAACUGGGUCAGAGCCAGGUGACUUUCGCCCUACUCCUCUAUGCCGUAGUGAGCAUACGAGAAGGCGUAUCCGGAAUAUCUGAUAUACCCGAGCUCUACAACUUCUACAACCACGCCCUGCGCUCCCUCCAAACCUCGCUGUCUGCAGAAAUCGCAUCCGGCGUCUUCUCAGACCACCUCCUCCUCGCGCUCGGCAUCAUCGCCGCCAUCGCAUGCUUCUCAGGUUCUUUCGACACCGCAGUCCUGCACCGCAACGCGCUUGUGAAAAUCCUCGAGAUCAGGGGGAAGGGUAGUAUACUCGCCGGUAUACGCACUACCUCGCCCUGGACGCAGAAAGCUUUGCAAUGGCUCGAACUCCUCAUCGCCAUCCAAACAACCCGCUCCCCUCUAAUCCCCUACAUCCCGCCUGCCCACUCCCUCCCGCUCCCCACACCCCUCUCCUCCGAAGCCCAACGCCGCACAUCCCACACCCUCACAUUCUUCCCGCACCUCGCCGACCCGCUCAAACACAUCGUCCUGCUCCUGCACCAACUCGGCGUCGCGUACAACCGCCUGCCCACACACACGCGCACGGAUGUCUACGUCAUCGCGCCGCUGUACGACGCGCAGUACAGCCUGCUCACGCUGCUGUCGAUGCAUAGGGAGACGGGGGAUUUGGGUGAGGUCGAGUAUUUGCUUGCGGAGACGAUGCAGUUGUAUUUCGCUGUUGGGCCGAGGGCGCAGCCGCCGCAGAUGCGGUUGCUUGAUUUACUUGUUGCGCGGGUGAAAGGCGCUCUGCAGCCGUUUAUUGACAGGGACAUGGAUAAGCCGACGGGGUACGCGGUGGCGUGGGCGCUGUGUGUGGGGUGUAUUGUUGCGGGGUGGGUUGAGAGGCCGGAGGGUGGGUGGUUUUGGGCGAGGGUGAGGGCGCAUUUGGGGGAAUGGGAGGAGGGAGAGUGGAGGGAGAUGCUGGGGGUUUUCCCGACGGCGGAGGGGUAUGUGUGGUUGGAUAUGGAUGGGUUAUGGGGGAGGGUGAGGGAGGUGGGGAAGGGGGUGGUUCACGAAUCCGAAUGCAUCAAGGAGGUGUGA